AUGGCGGUCCUCUCUAAAUCGCUAUCCACGCUCACUGCGGGAGCGAUCCUGCUCCUGGCGCUCAUCUCGCCACGCUCCCAGAAGCUGCGUUUCUACCUCAACUCGAUCAUUUACAUUGCUGGACUCGGCAUAUGUUCCGUGUGGGGCAUCUUUGUGUCCGUCUUCCUCUCGCUCGUGCCCGGUCAGCGACUGAACAUCAACAAGGUGGUGGCACGAUCGUUCUGGAGGAUCACGUCCCCGCUCGUAGGCGUCAAAUUCGUUGUAGAGGGCGAGGAGCAUUUCGAGCAGGCCAAACCGGCUGUGGUGGUGGGCAACCAUCAGACUGCGAUGGACAUUCUGUACUUGGGACGAAUCUUCCCCGGAAACGCCUCGAUUAUGGCCAAGAAGGAGCUGCAGUUUGCGCCGCUGUUGGGUCAGUUCAUGACGCUGUCCGGAGCUGUGUUUAUCAACCGCAAGAACCUCAAGGACAGCAUCAAGGCGUUCCAGCAGAUCGGGCAGACGAUGAACAACAAGAAGCUCUCGCUCUGGAUCUUCCCCGAGGGCACGAGGUCCGGGCUGGCAACCCCAGACCUGCUGCCCUUCAAAAAGGGCGCCUUCCACCUGGCCAUCCAGGCAGGCGUCCCAGUCGUCCCCGUCGUAUGCGAAAACUACAACCGCCUCUUCGACUCGAGAUCCCGCUUCGAAUCCGGUACCAUCAAAAUCAAGGUCCUGCCACCUGUCCCGACCGCACACCUCACCGCAGACGACGCCAACGAUCUCGCCGAGAAGGUGCGCAACAUGAUGCUCGCCGAGUUGAAGGCCAUGGAUCAGCAGCGUCAACUCGCCGACACGGCGGGGGUGAAUGCCGACGACGCGAGCAUGGGCGGCGUCGCCGGCUUCUUUGCGCGAUUCGUCGGCAGCGGCAAGAGCUGGACUAGCGUCAACAAAAAGGUCGACCGCAAGGAGAAGGAGCUGAGAACCAAGGGCACGAGUGGCGAAAAGCCCGAAGAUUACCACCUUCUUUCCGAGGCUCAGAAGAAGUCGAGCUAG